AGAUCACGGAAAGCAAUUUCUGGAAGUUUCUGGGACUUUUGUGCCUUGACAGCCACAUAAGACAUAUCCAUGUUAAAAUUAAUAGUGCCAAUUUUUUAUCCUGCAGUAAAUAUAAUGACCUCAUCUACACCAUUUGUUUUUUGAACCAGUCAGACACUCGGAUUUAUGGACAAUCUUUUAAUCAAUAUUUAGUUUGAUGUGAAGUAACACAUUUAUCAGUGUACAUCCGUGUGUAAACCACAUCUGGUAGUAAAAUCAUCAGAAGUAACUUUGACCUCACCUGACUCUGCGUCAUUCCCGACCUUGGUAUGACGACAUUAAGAUUACUUUGAACAACAAUUGUCCGGAAUGUUUGAGCUACGAGACAGCCAAUCAAAGGGAUCACUGCCACUUCUCGCAGCAGUCUGCUAUCAUAUUGACGCUCCACGUGGUACAGCAUCUGUUGACACAGGCAGAGUGCAGGAAGGUCUCUGAUAAGAGAUUGCUUUAAAAGACGGGAUUGAGAGGUGUACCUUACAGACCCUUACGACAAGGUAAGAACUGGACACAUGAAAGUCACAAUAUCCUGACUUGAGCUGUGACGUUUACAAGGUUCUGAUCAUCAAUAAUUCCCUCUGUUUCUCCUAUAUUUCAGAUUGGAUACAAAAGCUUUCUUUAAAGAAAUUAAAAAAAAAAAAAAAAACAUGUUUCGAUAUGUGAUCUUUGCUGUGACACUGUGGAUCACAACAGCGUUUCCUGUCAGUCAAGAUCCUGCAAGUCGAGAAGGAUUUUGGAGUAUCCAGGAUGAAAGUGCAAACUUGGCCAUUGAUAAAAAAGAUGGCACCAAGCAGUCUGAUGGAAUGUGGAAGAGCCACGUGGUGAGCAGUGACCUUUACUCCCCAGACUCCCUGAACUCCAUGGCAGCUGAUCUCAGGCACAAACUGAGCCAAGAGUCAGACCGUCUACGAGCUCGCUUGAGACAAGAGCUUCUGGAUCUCCGUCAGAGGCUAUCUCCUUACCCCAGCCACCCCCAGGUCACCCCAACUAAUGUCCACGAGCUCCUGUCUCCCUUUACCAAGAGCCUUCAGUUGGCUCUCGAAUCCAACACCCAACAACUCUGCGGUCAUCUCAUGAUGACCGUCCAAGGGGUUCAAUCCAAUGGACCUUCGCUCUACCAAGACGCAACAGAGAAGAUAAGUCAAGCUAUGGAUGAGAGUCAUAAGAGAAGAACUGCUGCCUUUGAGGACUUUAAAACAAAGGCAUUUGAGGCAGUUGAGGAGGACAAAGACAGCAGUAGGAAGGAUCUAUGGGAGGAGGUGACGGCCAGGCUGGGCCAAGAGAUCUGCUCAUUCAGUUUGGAGGCACAGGGCAAGAUUGCAGCACUGAAAGUCUCAUUAACAACACUCCUCACAUCAUCAGAACCCUUAGGAGCUGAAAUGGUUUCCAAAGUGGACCAGUUCUGUGACGGUUCCUCAAGGCAGAAUCAUAAAUUUAUUGCUGAUUUAGUGCAGCAAAUAUCCAGGCUUGAGGAAAAGCAGAGUAAAGGCGAGUCAUCAAGUCAUGUAAACAUAGACUCCAUACAAGAGGAUUUCUCCACCAGACUAAAUGCCUUACUCCAGGACAUUGUACACAGUAUAAACUAGACAGACACCUCUCCCUCUCCAUUCAUGUUACAACAGCCUCUUUAUUGUAAAUAGAAGUGAGACUGCACUGUGUGAAUUAUUGUCUUUUUGUAGAAGACUGUCUCUUAAAAUGUCUAGUAAAGACAACUUUUUAUACAGAAAAGAAAAAUGUAGUGACUGUGUAGGUUAUUUUAUUUACAGUCCAGUGCAAGAAAACACGAAUGGUCCAUGUUUUUUUUAGAUGCAGGUUUAUUAAGUUCUGUGUAAUCAAUAUCUAAAGUGUUCUAUUUUUUAAAUAAAUGUACAUAAAUUGAA